AUGUCUACAUCCUAUGAUCUUACCUCCUACGGUCUCACCAUGUCGCCCACAGUGUGCUUUGUGGACAACGAAUUUAUUCAGAGUACCAGGUGUAUCAUCUGGUCCAUGUUACUAUUAUUCACGGUCCAAAUUGCCGUUCUACACGUUGCGGUUAUCCUCAUAGACAAAACCAUCCAGCUAGUCACCCCAAGGUUCUUGAAUCUGGUUGUCCAUGUCUUCGGAAAAGUAGAGACAUACUGCGAUUAUCUGAACUGGAAAUGGCUAGCCUGGCUUCUCAACAUCGUGGCUAAGAUCUCUACAACCGAAGAAGACAGACGGCAACAAAAACAGUUGAUCAAGGAAAAGGAGAUAGUGAUGUAA